UGAGUGGUGAGAUAAGAUUAGAUCUUUCCACCGCCGCCGCAGUCGACUUCUCUUUCACACAAGAGCGAAAACACCAUGUCAUCAAGACAGGAAAUAGUCGUCUUGAUGGCGGCACAUCACAUCUCCCUCGCCAAAGCUGCUUUUGGGGCAUCUCUGUUUCGGCCGGAUGUCACCAAAGUAACGCGCGAUGACUUGACCAAAUUUCAUGAAGCCUUCGAGGCUACCCUCGCUCACUGUUCGAGGCAAAAUAUACAGACUUGCAAGGAAUGGCUUCUUGAAAACGUGACUGGGUCUUCAACAAGAACCACCGCUCUUGGAAAAUUCCUGGCCACUGUCUCCAAACAUAUCGUGACGCCUGCAACUGAAACAGCGAAGCCGAGCUCUCGACGACAGCGCCUGCAUAUCCUCUACCUGCUCAACGACCUCUUACACCAUGCCAAAUUUCAUGCCUCCGAACGGUCCUUCGAGACCAGUCUGACGCAGUCUCUGCAACCUUUCCUCCGGGAACUGGUCCAGCUCGCUGCUGAAGACGCGAAGCCAAGAGUAUCAAGACGUCUGCGCGAUGUGGUCCAGAUCUGGGAGGAAGCACAAUACUUUGAAGGAGAUGUACUUGCUCAGCUACUUGAUCCUUUGGACAAUGUAGCUACGCAAGCACCGCAGAAGCCUUCAGUUCAGAGCCCAUCCAAGCCUACCACGAAAGAGCUGCCAUAUAUUCUGCCUGCCCUCCAUGGUGAUCCGUCGUCACCUUUCUACGAUCUCCCGGCGGGGAAUCUCAUGCCUCUUAUCGUCCCCAACAGUCUCCAAUCAAUCCGACCUGAAGAAAUACGUCCUUUGCAAUUAUCCUCAGGCCCAGCAGACGAGGGUCUUGUCAAUGCAUUGAAGGAUUUCUUGCAUGAUGUCAAGGGCCUAGACAACACUUUUGCCUACCUCGAGGACAAGGGUAUGAAUCCGGAAGUCGAUGAGAUGGGUCAAAUAUCAUAUCGUGACGAGGCUGGGGACUUGAUCGGCGAUACAUAUUAUGGAUGGUCGCGGUCAUUCUGUGCCAAGAUGAAGAGACGCGAUGGAUCUAGAAGUGACGGCUCUCCUCGACGGACUCGUUCGAGAAGUACAAGCCGGAGCCGGAGUCGUGGAGGGUACAAGCGACGACGGUACAGCGAUUCCCUUGAUGACGGGUCAUCACGAUCUUACAGUAGAUCGCCGUCCAGACGGACAUACAAUGACAGCCGAAGACGUGGGAGCAGAAGUAGAAGUCUAGAUGACACUUCUGCUGCUCACAAUGAAUCCGAUCUUGCUUCUUCUGCCGACAGUCGCCGACUAUACAUCGGAAAUCUUCCUUACGCGGCUACUGAGGCGGAGGUGAAGCAGUUCUUCUCGGGCUACGACGUCGAAUCAAUAGCUCUGCCCAUCAAUCCUCGCACCAAUCGUGCCGCCGGCUAUGCUUUCGUCACUAUGAGGACUGCGGAUGGGGCGAGAAAGGCCAUGCAGAACCUCUCCGGUAGGGACAUUUUGCAGCGCAAGGUGUCUGUUCAACUUGCUCGCAUGCCUGAUGCAAUUGCUACUGAUAACGGCGGUCCGAGGUCGAGGUCACGCUCAUACUCGCCAGACAAUGGUGGUCCCAAUGCUCUACCUCCAUUGAACAGCGCCGCUCCCCUUCCUCCACCUCCAGCAGGUCACAGUCUACCGCCAAGACCACCGUCAUUACUGCCAGGAGGCGUCCCUGUCCCACCACCACACUGGCAGGGCCCUUGGCCACCACCUCCUCCACCUCCUCCUUCAUACUAUCCAGGCAAUCCAUCCUCCAACAACAUACCGUUCCCUCCACCACCGUUGCCAAACUUUCCACCUCAUUCCGGUGCGUGGCCUCCAUACCAACAAAUGCCGCAAUCUCCUUAUCAGCAGGGAAAGCCUGACGGCUAUGGAAGGCAACGUUAGUGUUGGUGGAGACAACUGUCGUCAUACCAUGAAAGCCUGAGUGCCUUUGGAAAUGGGCCACCAAAAGCAGAAACAGGUGCUUCGUCGUGUGCUACAAUACCGUGAGCUUCCUUCAUUCGUGUGCAAUCAUGUAGGAAAGAGAGUGAAGCAGAUGGAAGCUAAGGGGAUGGACCGUCGCCGACGCUCCUAGAGACCUUUAAGCCAGGUGGGACAGGGCGUCGAGGAUGUUGUGCGGAAAAGUUUUCCUAUUCUGUGGUUACGCCCACCCAAGCAGGACCAAAUUGAUGAUUCACCACGAGCUUGUCUCGGGAGGACUCUGCAGGUGCUAUACUAGACAGUGGUCGACCCUUUCCGAGGAUACACUUAUCCGUAGGCGUGCAAGACAUUUGCAAGCCGCACCACCUCCGUACAGCAUGGGUCAUCACGCGAUGGUUUGGCCUGAAGGGUGCAUCGAAAAAGUGGUGGUCCUACCUGGAUUGUCAAAUUCUUCCCACUGUCGUGAUUGAGAAGCUGGAAUUGUACUUCUCGGUCUUCUUAUCGACAGGCAUUGGACACCCGUCACCAGGGCUAGGGAUGAAUGAUUCAUUGUUCAACCACUCAACCCCACUGUGUAUUGUACUGCUAUACUCGUACGGGGUGUUGUUGCAAAGAGAUAUACCACAGUACUGUGUAUGUGGCCAGCAAUUGACAUCACGCCCCCACGGGGACGAUUGGGCGAGAUGAUCACGGAUGAUGCAGAAUUAUGAGAAUCCCAUGUUGUCACCAAGAUUUCACGAUCUUCUGCGGAUGGCGUUCUUGGCGCUCUUGGCAGACGCAAGGCUGUGGCGGUGGCUUCGGCAAACGAAUAAGGUUAAGCUUGAAUCAAAGCUGGUCCGACGUCAUUCAUCCCUUUGCUCCGAUGCACAGGACCAUUGCCUGCCCUGCUGCCGUCUGCGCUCAAGCUUCAGCCAACCCCCCCC